AAAAAAGAAGAAACAACGGUUGUUAAUUAAAUUGGUGUAAAGGAAAUGGUGGAGUUAGGAGGAGAAGAUCCGUUAGGAAAUGAGAGAGUUUUUGUUUGUAAAGAAAGAAAAUGAGAAUGUUGGGGGUGGAAGGGUGUGAUGAAAGAUGAAGUGGCGAAUAAAAAGUUUUGUAUAUUAAUAGGAAUUGAAACUGACAGCUCAAAGUCAGAGAUCGCAAUUCAAUCCAACACAACACAACACAACACAACACAACACACACUAACCUCCCUUUGCCUUCCCUCCUUGGAACUCCGCAAUUGAAACUCCACCCUCUUUACCGUUUCUCGACGUUUCCCCAUUUUUCCUUCCACCCAUCCAUCCCCCUCCCCCCUUAAUUCCUUUUCUGUUCCCUCAUUCUUCCAUUUCCUCUCCCCUCCCCUCUCCUUUUCUUCUUCGAUUCCCACCUUAAUAUGUCAUACGCCUACCUUUUCAAGUACAUCAUCAUUGGUGAUACUGGAGUUGGAAAAUCAUGUCUUCUUCUCCAGUUUACCGAUAAGAGAUUCCAGCCUGUUCAUGACUUGACUAUUGGCGUAGAAUUUGGUGCGAGGAUGAUUACCAUUGAUAACAAACCAAUUAAGUUGCAAAUUUGGGACACGGCUGGUCAAGAAUCUUUCAGGUCUAUUACGAGGUCCUACUAUAGAGGUGCUGCCGGAGCAUUGCUUGUCUACGACAUCACCAGGAGGGAGACUUUUAAUCACUUGGCUAGCUGGCUUGAAGAUGCAAGACAACAUGCUAAUGCAAACAUGACAAUAAUGCUGAUAGGUAAUAAGUGUGAUCUUGCACACCGAAGGGCUGUCAGCACUGAGGAAGGGGAGCAGUUUGCAAAGGAGCAUGGUUUAAUUUUUAUGGAGGCCUCUGCUAAAACUGCUCAAAAUGUCGAGGAGGCAUUCAUUAAAACUGCUGCAACCAUAUAUAAGAAGAUCCAGGAUGGAGUGUUUGAUGUAUCUAAUGAGUCGUAUGGGAUAAAAGUUGGAUAUGGUGGAAUCCCAGGGCCAUCAGGAGGUAGAGAUGGUGCUACAGCUCAAUCUGGGGGUUGUUGCAGUUAAAUCUUGCUGCUCAAUAUAGUGUAUCAACUUUGAUGUUCUCUUUAAAUUCCUUCGUUAUCUAUGAGUGCCAGAAAACUCCCCCUCCCCCUCAAAAUAGAAGGAAAAGAAAAAAGAAUGAAACCGAUAAUAGGUUAUCAGGUAUUUGUAUAAUCAUUUGUUGUGUUCUGCUUUUUUUUCUUCUUUUCAACAAAGUUAAUUAUGUCUUCAUCAUAUUUGAUUGUAAAGAUAAAUUCAUAUUAAUGCAUGUUAUUGGUGACAAAA